AUGUCGAUAAAAUUGCCGAUCGCUUCCCCGUUCUCACUCCCACAAAUCUCCGCUUCUCCGUCGUUUGUUCCGUUUCCGAACGCAAAGGGGAAGAAUCAAAUCCCUUCUUCUCGAAGGAAACAACUAGGUUUUCGAAUUCUCUGUCCCGUCAAGGCUUCCACAAGUGAAUUCAUUAAGAGAAGCAUCGGGGGGAAAAUGAGCAUCACGCAGGCUAAUUGUUUUCGACCAUCCAUCUGUCCUGCAAGGAUCACUCGACCAAAUUGCGUCUCCAGUGUACCUAUUAGGACGUCAUUGCGGUUUAACUAUCGCCCGCGUGCCUCGCUUGCUCUUAGAGCUACUGCUUCAGUGUCUACUCAGUUUUCUCCUCUGUUGAAUCAUCGGCUUCGUACUCCUACUCGGAAAUGGAAGCAAAGUUCUGCUGUGUGCGUGUUUGGUGGGAAGGAUAAGUCCAAUGGCGGUGACGAGAUAUCACCAUGGAAAGCAAUCGAGAAAGCUAUGGGGAAGAAAUCGGUUGAAGAUUUGUUGAAGGAGCAGAUGCAAAAGAAGGAUUUUUAUGAUCCUGAUAGUGGCGGCAACAAUCCUCCACGCGGAGGAGGAGGAGGAGGAGGUGGAGGCAGUGGUGGAAACGGUGAAGGCGCAGGAGGAGAAGAUGGUGGUCUUGCUGGGAUCGCUGAUGAAACCUUGCAAGUGGUUUUGGCAACUUUAGGCUUCAUCUUGUUGUACACCUACAUUAUUACUGGGGAGGAGCUGAUCAAGCUUGCGAGGGAUUACAUUAGGUUUCUAAUGGGAAGACCUAAGACUGUUCGAUUGACCAGGACCUUGGAUGCUUGGAAUGGAUUCAUGGAGUCGAUGUCAAGGAAAAGAGUUUAUGAUGAGUACUGGCUUGAGAAGGCCAUCAUCAACACACCAACCUGGUAUGAUAGCCCAGAGAAGUACAAACGUGUCCUCAGGGCUUAUGUCGACUCAAAUUCUGAUGAAGCCUCUUAUGCCGACUCAAACUCUGAUGAAUAUUAG